UUUUUUUUUUUUUUUUACAUCCGGCAAAAAAAAAACCAUUUCCGGGUUUUCUUUAAAACUCUCUCAGGCGCUCCGUGUUGAUGUACGGCGCAACCAACCUUCAUACCAAGCACCCGCCCGUGUUCUUCUCUCCAAUUGGCUGUCAUUCGAAUUACAACUGCAGCGUUGUUGGGUUUGAUUGGAGCUUAAACGUGUCAAUCACGCAACCCCGUCUUGUGAUUGGCUCUAUUUCUUUGUCCUCCCCUCCUACCGUUCUCUGAGCCGCUGCUCCGCGGUCUGGCACGUUUACGCGUCUCCCGGCCAGGCCCCUGCCCAGCUUUUUAUUUUAUUUCACUUAUAAUUUCAGGACGCGCCUUUGAAGGAGACGAUAAAUAACGAUUCUGGCUCUGAGGAAGCUGAGGGAGGAAGCAGAGUGUUAGUUAAUAGGAGUAGGUAAAGAUUACACGCCGUUGUUUGGGGUGGAACAUGGCGGCGGUGGGGGUGAGCGGCUUGUCCGGACUGGCCGUGGCGCGGCUGGAGGGCCGUGAGUUCGAGUAUCUGAUGAAGAAGCGCUCAGUGACCGUGGGCCGGAACUCCUCUCAGGGAUCGGUGGACGUGAGCAUGGGCCACUCCAGCUUCAUCUCCCGCCGGCACCUAGAGCUCUUCACGGCCGGGGAUGACGAGGACGACGACGACGACGAAGAAGAGGAGGAGGACGGGACAGGGGGAGUCUUCUACCUCCGCUGCCUUGGGAAGAACGGCGUGUUCGUGGACGGUGUGUUUUUACGCCGAGGGGCUCCUCCGUUACAGCUUCCACGAGUGUGCACGUUCCGAUUCCCCAGUACGAGCAUAAAGAUCACCUUCACGGCUUUGGGACGGGCGAAGAAGGAGCCAAAGGAGGAGCAGUCUCCAGUGAAGAUGGUGCAGCCGAAGAUCUCGCCUCUGUCAAUCAACAUCCCUGAUAACAUCGCUCACCUAAUGAGUCCUCUGCCCUCUCCCACUGGGACUAUCAGCGCUGCUAACUCGUGUCCGUCGAGUCCCCGUGGUGCCGGUUCUUCAGGCUAUAAAAUGGGCCGCAUCAUGUCUUCGGACCUGCACCUGAUCGAUAACUCGCACUCCGAGAACGAUAAAGAGGCGUCAGGAGAAGACAGUCCCAAAGACGACUCUAAACCUCCAUACUCGUACGCUCAGCUGAUCGUGCAGGCCAUCACGCUCGCUCCAGACAAACAGCUCACACUUAAUGGCAUCUACACACACAUCACCAAGAACUACCCUUACUACAGGAGUGCAGAUAAGGGCUGGCAGAACUCGAUCCGGCACAACCUGUCUCUGAACCGGUACUUCAUCAAGGUGCCACGCUCUCAGGAGGAGCCAGGGAAGGGUUCGUUCUGGAGGAUAGACCCGUCCUCGGAGGGAAAACUCAUCGAGCAGGCUUUCAGAAAGCGCAGACCCAGAGGAGUGACCUGCUUCAGGCCACCACUCGGACCCCUCUCCUCCAGGAGCGCCCCGGCGUCACCCAGCCACUCUGGUGUUCUCUCUGCUCACUCCAGUGGCGUCCAGACCCCUGACAGUCUGUCUCGAGAGGGUUCGCCUGUUCCUUUGGAGACAGACUCCGCCCCUGCCCCAGCCCCUGUUGCUGCCGCUGCCAUACAGCCGAAACUAGCCGUGAUUCAGGAAGCUCACCUGGCACAGACCACAUCUGGUUCUCCGGUGAGCACUGCUCCGGUUUUGAUAGCUGUUCAGAGACCAAUGGUGUUCUCGUCCUCCUCCUCCACGUCGGCUGCUCCUCAGACACUGAUGCAGACUCUCCAUGUUCUCCAUCAGAUCCCAGUCAGUGCUGCUAAACCUCAGGAGAACGGUGUAUCACACUCCGCAGGCAAAGUAAAAGUAGAAGCUGUCCCCACCAUCACUCACACUUCCUUAGGCUCGGCCAAUCGGAUCAUUCAGACCAGCACAGCCACUCCCAUCCAGACGGUUACUAUAGUGCAGCAAGCCCCAUUGGGUCAGCACCAACUGCCAAUCAAAGCCAUCACGCAAAACGGUGCACACCUACUGCCCAUUGCUACGGCCAGCGCAGUGUCCAGCCCCCUCCACCUAUUAGCAGCCCAUGCAUCCAUCUCCGCAUCUCUGCCCACUAAACGUCAGAAUGGAGAGAGCGAGCAGCCUGAGACUAAACGAGUGAAAACCGAAGAACCGCAGCACAGCAUCACCACUGACCCUAACGGAACGGCCAACACGGACAAGUCCACUGCUGUCAAUCACGACUAGGCAUUACCAUGAGCCCCACCCCAUUUCCUGUUAGCUCCACCUCUUUCUUCCUCUCUCUCUCUCUCUCUCUCUCUAUCUCUCUGUUGUCAUAAUGUCAGUUACCGACUAUUCAAUACAAAGCAAAAA